UGGCGGCGCGUUUUAGUGAAGUCGCACGUGAAGCAUAGCGGCGGCUGGAGCUGGUGAGUCGAGGCCGAGAGCGGGACUGAGGAGCAGCACGCAGCACGGGGAGGCGGCAGCUGCUGCAGACCCAGUCAUGGCAGGUUCAGGCAGAAGUCCACUGUGGGGUAGGCAUCUGUUCAGAGCCAUCCUGAUGGUCCUAGCAGUCCUCGUCCUCUUCCAUUCAGCAUCAGCCCAGGCCCAUCGAGACUUUGCACCACCAGGCCAGCAGAAGAGGGACGCUCCAGUUGAUCUGUUGACCCACAUAGGUCGGUCUGUGUGGGAGACACUGGAUGCCUGGCUUGGGCCAGAGACUAUGCACCUGUUGUCAGAGACCUCCUCCCAGGUGAUGUGGGCCAUCUCGUCAGCCAUCUCUGUGGCCUUCUUUGCUCUGUCUGGGAUCACAGCACAGCUGCUAAAUGCCUUAGGGCUAGAUGGUGAUCACAUCACCCAAGGCCUGAAGCUCAGCCCUGGCCAGGUCCAGACCUUCCUGCUGUGGGGAACAGGGGCCCUAGUCAUCUACUGGCUGCUGUCCCUGCUCCUUGGCUUGGUCUUGGCCCUGCUGGGGAGGAUCCUUGGGGGCCUAAAGAUUGUCAUCUUUCUAGCCGGCUUUGUGGCUCUGGUGAGGUCAGUGCCUGACCCUUCCACCCGAGCCUUGCUGCUCCUGGCCUUGCUGACUCUCUAUGCCUUGCUGAGCCGGCUCACUGGCUCCCGGGCGUCCGGGGCCCAGCUGGAGGCAAAGGUGCGAGGGUUGGAGCGCCAGGUGGAGGAGCUGCGCUGGCGGCAGAGGCGAGCAGCCAAGGGUCCCCGCAGUGUGGAGGAGGAAUGAGUUGGAUGACCCACCUGUCUUCAUUAUACCAAAGACCUGAGUUGCUUCAGGGCUUCAGGGCACACAGUCCUCCUGCUGGGCCCCUCCCCUUUUCUUGUCCAUCUCUGAACCUUCAGAAUCUUGAUCCCUGCCUUGGUUCCCAACUAAGAGAAAGCCCAUUCCCACUGCUGGCUCUCAGAGCCCUAUCUUCUGAGGUUCUCAGUCUGGGGUUUGUUCUAACCCUUUCUCUGUUCCUAGCCUGUCUCUACCAGGUCAUGUGGGAGGGGCCUUCCCUCUGGCUCCUGCAUCUGCUUUCAGCAAACUCACUGCCAUUGCUCACGUGUGACUUAACUAGCUCCCCUCUGCUGUGGCCAUAGCUUCCAAGCAAUGCUCUUGCUUCCUGUCCGAUCCUGCUCCUUGGCCAAGUCUCCCACUCCCUUCCUGUUUUUCCAUUCCCUCUGGUCUUGUACUCUCACCAAAUUGCAGCCCUCAGAGCAUGCUCCUGUUCUCUUCAUUGCCCAGCAGUGGGGAAAGGGAUGUGGGACCUGACGAUAAGGGAGGGAGAAACAGGGUCCCAUGAGGACUGUGGGGCUGGAGGGUAGGGUGUUCCUUGAGUUUGUUACAAGUGCCUUAAUCAGCCAGCAGGGCCCUCUGCUUACCUGCUGCCAUAAUAUAUGUAGAAAAGUGUACCGUGGCUGCUUUGUAUGAGAAAAGAGCAGUUGCUCUCAGAAUUGGAUUCCCCUUCAGCCAAAGCAAAAGAUGGGUGGUUCUUUGUAGGCUUGUGCCUCCAAGUAGGACCCUGCAGUGGUAAUCAGAUUCCUUGAGGGGAUUUCAGAGACCUAAAGGAGGAAGGAGGACCCGCCUCCUUGUCUGCACAGCUGCAUGUGGUUCUCUACCCCAUCCCUCCAUCCCUGCCACUGAGGAGGAACUGAUCAGUGCCCACCCCAGUGUCCUGGAAAGAACACAAGGAGCCUCUUUCCCUUCAGGUGCUCUGUAGGGAGCAGGGUGAGCUGAGCUGCCAGCUGUCCCUCUCCACCCAGUUACCCCUUCUUGGGGGGCUUUUAUGGAAGUGGGUGUCCUCUGCUAGGCCUGGCACAGCACAUGAUGGGAAGAAUAAAUGCCCAAUUCUUACUGUUAAGAUUUGAUGUGGAACACAGCUGCCAUGAUAAUAUAUUUUUAUCAGCGCUUGUUUGGUUUUAAAUAAAGUGCACGCUAUUUUAUUAUCUUGUACUGAAUAAAAUGUAUUUACUCAAAA